AUGGAAGUCAACAUCAAGAAAAGGUCGAGGGUCCCCGGAGUGAUGAUUACUCAGUUUGUGGAGGAAGUUCCUGCAGGCAUGAGCACACCAGAUUUCACCAGGAAACCCAUCGCUCUGACCAUUCAAGAAGGAAAGCUGGGCAUUUUCAAAGCGGUCGUUACUGGAAUACCCGAACCGACAGUAACCUGGGUGAGGAAAAGUGGGGAACUGGAUGAGGACAAUUAUAGAAUGGUCCGUGACGCCAGUUCUGGGGAGUACCAACUACAGAUUCCAGAUAUAUCAGGGGAUCAUGCUGACACCUACAAGUGUUUCGCUACCAACGAGUAUGGAAAAGCCAUCGUCACUGCUGCUCUAAAUGUCAUUGAGGCUAUACGGGAAACACCUGAAGAUUUGAGAAAAGCCUUAAAAAACAAGGUUGACAAUGAACCAAAAGCAGAAGUCAAACGAGUUGUCGAUGACAGAUUUUGGGAACUUUUGAUGAGUGCUGAUAAAAAAAACUACGAAAAAAUCUGCCGGGAGUACGGGGUAACAGAUUUCCGCUGGAUGCUGAAGAAACUGAACGAGAAGAAGCUGGAAAGGGAACAUGAGCAAGAAAAGGUUGUUGAGAGAUUGUGUAACCUGAAGCCCAUUGAGAUGAAAGCCAACGGUGAAGCAGAGUUUGAACUUGAAAUGUCACUCAGGGACGCUGCAAGCAGAAUCUUCUUGUUUAAGGACGGUGUUAUGGUUCCUUUUGACGUUGAAACAGAGGACAAGCACGCCUUGAGGCAAGUGGGGAAGAGGUUUGUGUUUAGCAUCAAUGGCGUUAGCCAAGAAGAUGCCGGAUUGUACCAAGUGGAGGUUGACGGAGUUAAGAUCUUCUCGACUGACUUGAAAGUUCCCAGUGUAGACUUUCUGGUGAAGAUUCAGGAUGUCAAAGCAGAAGAAAGGGAAGAUGCCGUGUUUCAGUGUGUCGUUUCGCAACCCAUAAAAAAAAUGAACUGGAAGGGAAAGAAUAUUUCACUGGAGCAAGGAGACAAAUAUGAUAUCACUGUGUCAGAGGAUAUGCUGAUUCAUACUCUGGUGGUGAAGGACUGCCUGGUAUUUGAUAAAGGAAUUUAUGCAGCUGAUAUUGGACUUAAAUCCUGCAGCGCCUGGCUCAUAGUGGAAGCUGACAAUGAUCCAAACUCUCGCGGAAAGAAGAAAGCACGCAAAACAACGCGAGCAGGUGGUGGUGGAGAAGAGGUGUUGAAGAUCGCAGAGGAGCAACAGGCCAAGUUACAAAAGGAGAGAGGCGAGUUGAUUGCGAAGAAGAAGAAGAGAGUGCGAGCAGGCCCGCUUGUUCCUGAUACUGUUAUCGACCCGGGGGUUUACUUCACCAGUGGUCUCUCAGACAUCAGUGCAAUUAUUGAUACUGAGGCAGAGCUGGUCUGCAGACUGAGCAGCGAAGACUGUGAAGGGGUCUGGUACAAAGAUGGAAGAGAGGUGACAGCCACUGAAGAGAUGUGCUUUGUUAACGAUGGGACUUAUCGCAAGCUAGUGUUAAAAAACUGCAAGGAAGAGGACGCUGGGAAAUAUCGAUAUGAAGCUGAUGGCCGUAAAACAGAAGCAAUGCUGGUUGUAGAAGAUCCUCCAAGACUCAACCAGGAUGAUCUGGCCCACUUCAUGAAACCGGUUGUCGUAAAAACUGGUAAAGACGCAGCCUUCAAGCUGACCUUUGUGGGCCGCAAACCCUUGAAGAUCCAGUGGUACAACGAAGAUGAAGAGCUGCUGGAGGACCCCCACCUCAGAAUUGAAAAGUCUGGCUCGCACAGUCGCCUGCUGCUUCUGAAGUGCAACCGCAAGACCAGGGGAGAAAUAAAGAUGAAGAUUAAGAAUGAAUUUGGAACAGCAGAGGCAAUUACCCAGCUCAUUGUAUUAGCAUACCCUGGACCACCCACUGGCCUGAAAGUUAUAAGUGCUUUCAAAGACUGCAUCAACCUUGCAUGGUCUGCGCCUUCAAAUACCGGUCGAACCAACAUUUUGGGAUACAAUGUGGAGAAACGAAAGAACGGCAGCAAUCUUUGGGGCCCUGUCAACCCACCAGAGGAACCCAUUAAAGAGAAAAAGUAUGCUGUUAAAGACGUUGUUGAGGGCAUCGAGUACGAGUUCCGCGUUUCAGCUAUCAACAUUUCUGGUGCUGGCGAGCCAAGUGCACCUUCCGAGUUUGUUGUUGCACGAGAUCCAAAGAAGCCCCCGGGAAAAGUCACGGACUUGAAGGUGACCGAUUCGACAUACACCACCUUAUCUUUAAGCUGGACCAAACCUAAGGAAAAAGAAGGGGUCCAGGAUGAGGCCAAAGGGUAUUUUGUGGAGCUGAGGACAGCGGACAACCCAGAAUGGGGUCGCUGUAACUCCAGUGCAAUAAUCGUGAACUCUUUCACCAUCAUGGGCCUCAAGUCCAUGGCCAUGUACUGGGUGAGAGUUGUCGCCACCAACGAAGGUGGAGACAGUGAACCUCAAGAGUUGGACAACCACAUAAUUGCAAUGCCACCCCCAGUGAGACCUCAUUUUACUGACAAGAAAAUUAAGAACUUUGUUGUUACAAGAACUGGGAACUCCGUAAGGCUCAACUACAACUUUAAGGGCUCUCCAAAACCGACCAUUACAUGGCUGAAGGACGGUCUUCCUGUUCCCAAGCAUGUGACAGUGAGCAAUUCAGACACAUCAUCACAAUUAAUGAUCGCUUCGUCCGAGCGUCAGGACACCGGAAUCUACACCCUUAUUUUGAAGAAUAUGGUUGGACAGGUGACCUCCAGUGUUGAGAUAAGAGUGACAGAUGACCCCAAGCCUCCAGGCCCGGUGGAGUUGGAAGAGAACGUGUCUGGCACCAUCACAAUCGCGUGGACGGCCUCUCCGGACGAGAAGAAAGAUGACAGGCUCCACUACACCAUCAGCAAGCGUGACUCUGUCAAGCGGACAUGGCAAACCGUCGCUGACCAUCUCUUCAACAACAAGUUCACUGCGGUCAACAUCAUGCCUGGAAGGCAGUACAAGUUCCGGGUGUACGCUAAGAACGACAUGGGCACUUCCAAGCCCUCGGAGUCGCCCACCUGGGAGGUGAAGAGAGAGAAAGAGUCAUUUUCUUUGAACCUUCCGGACUCCAAGGACUGCCGCUUUGAUGCACCACCCGCCUUCUCUGUCCCACUUAAAAUGCAUAACGCUCCCGAGAGCUACGAGUGCUACAUGAGCUGCGCUGUGACGGGAAACCCCAAACCUUACAUCACUUGGUACAGAAACAACGUCAGCCUCAACACCAACGCUAACUACUACAUCACCAACACGUGCGGGGUGUGCUCCAUGGCCAUACUCAAGGUGGGGCCCAGGGACCACGGGGACUACACGGUUGUUGCAGAGAACUCGCUGGGAAGAGUGGAGUGCUCAACCAAACUUGUUGUCAAAGAGUCGGUGGCGGGCUCGUGAACAACCAACGACUCCUGCUGCUUUAAGAACGACGACAAACAAUAAAUUAAGUGACAAAGUAUUGCCAUGCUUUUUGCUCAUUGAAAUGAUUUGUAAUGAGUAAAUAAUUACAGUUGCCAAAAGCAGUGAAGUUGUCACG